GUGGCUUCUCGCGCGUUUUUCAUCUCACUUCACUCUUUCACCUACCUUACCUUUGUGAAAUCGCGACUCAACUCACUUCAAAUCAUCCUGCACUUCUUUCAUUCCUGUGAUCGCUGAGACAUUUUCAUCAACAUGGCGCGUCGUAUUGACGACCCCAACAAUCUCAACGCUUUUCUGCGUCUGAUAAACGGCACUCCGCUGUCUGCGAGUCCAAACGCACGCCCGGCUGCGGCUACUCAGACCUUGCUUCCUACUGCCCCCCUCAACGACACGCGCGAUCAGACUGAACAUGAAUCAGAGCAUGUUGAGACCACGACUGCUCCUGGCAGCACCGCUCCAUCUGUUGAGGCAAGCCCUGCUGCCGGAUCUCGUGCUCCACCACCAACACCCGAGACUCAGAUGGGCAAUGCGGAUAAGAUCGCUCCUCUCGACCCCAUCCGGGAAGAUGAUGGUGAUGGGUUGAGUGAGGAAAGAGGUACGCCAGUCAAGGCACCUGCUCAGCAAUCGCCUCAAGUUCCCUAUUCACCUGAGAGAAUGGCUACUCCAAGCAGGGCUACUCCAGCCAGAUCCGUCCUUGGUGAAAUGCCAACGAAUUUGACGCCAACCCAACGAAGACUCCUUGUGAAGACGCGAACCGACAUUGGCGAGGAGGACAAGAUGAGAAUCAUACAGAAGAUGCAGAGCCAAGCUCAGAACUACAUGGAGGAGACUGUUGAGAGAUUCCGCCAGACAAAGGAAGUCAUGCUCGCUCAGGCCCAACGACAAGCCGCAGAGAAGGCGUUAUACAAUAUUUCAGCGAAGCAAGCUGGGGGAGAAGCCGCGGCUGUUCCAUUUCCAGAUUUCCAGGACGCUCCAGUGACUCCGGCAUCAGUUGGUGGGGUGCAAUUGUGGGACGCAGAUGCUCCUGUCACUCCAACCGAGAAUCCUUCUUUCAUUGUGGCCUCUACUGCACCGGUUGAGAAGUCCACCCCAGAGAACGUGACCAAGGAACAGCCCGACAAUAGCGACAAUCUCACACCAGCUCCAAAGGGUGACAACCAUGACAGUCCGUUCAAGGCAGCCACUUCUCCGACUAUUGUGGUCACCGCAAGCACUGAUACUGGCGGAAGUAUCAGAGGUACAGAUAGCGGCGAAGAGACGCACAGCGAGGGCGAAGACGCAGACACCGGAGAUGAGAGCGGCGACGAAGAUCGAGAACAUCGCACUCACUUCAAGUCCUGGGGAACACCUGCCGCUCGCAAUAAGCCAAAAUCUCGCGUUCGAAUGGUAAUACUCACGGGGCUCCCAGCCACUGCAGAUUUGACCCUUGUCCAAUCCCUUGUUCAUGGCGGUGUUGUUGAGUCUAUGAGAUUGUCUUCUGCCAGUUCUGAGAGCUGCACAGUCAAGGCCCAUGUCAUCUUCACCUCUGCUGAUGCAUGUGAUAAGUACUACGACAAAUAUCCCAAUGGCUUUGAGGUUCGCUUCCAAGGCAAGAGAUACCCGGUGCUUGUCAACAAAGGGGAGAACGUCGACGUGAUCAGCGGCAUGAUGCAGGGAUACCUUGACUGCGGAGCCACACGUGUCAUCAAGGUCUCUCAGGUCGACGAGGAAUGGGGUAUCGUGGCAUUGAACAAAUUGGCAGAAGGCAAGAACAAGGUCCGUCAAGUGGAAGCCGUCCUUGACGCUUAUCGCAAUGGGGAACGUACUAUUCAUUUCCGCUUCGCCAACAUCUCUGACGCCGUCCGAUUCAAAGGCAUUCUGAUCCGAAGCUUUGAUUGGGAAGGAUGCUCUGUCGACUUUGCUGAGGAUCCUUGCUCAAAGGCCACUGGCAUCCACUAUGAUUGAGUGUUGAGAAUUCCUCCGGCCUCCGAAGAUGUCGUCCAUCAUAUCACAGGUCCAAGUCAAGACUUGAUUACGACACGAAGCGAGUGUUAUCGAAGUCGGUGCGACAGAAUGUGAAAGCGAACAGAGCAAUAGGUCUUGCCGUGCUGUCAUUAGGAUAUGUGAAUCUGUGUUGAAGAGGGGAGGAAAUAUUUUCCCGCUGGACAAAGCCGUCACAGCACCCUACGGCUGUGGACUUGUACUGUAGUGCAAGCCAAUGAGGCGAGAAACGUCUUUUCUCAUCAGAAGAGUACUCACAGUGUCAGAGUAGCUCGUAGCUGUGCGGCAAAUA